CUCCCCGCCCACUGGCUCGGGCGGGGCGGGCCGGACCGCUGAGAGGGGCCGCGCAGGCCGAGCGCCGGGGGCGGCCGGGCUGAGCAUGGAGCAGCGCGGCGGAGGUUGCCCUGCAGGCCCCCAGCCUGGCCUGAGCCUCUGCCGCCAUGGCCAUUGUGCACACUGUACCAGUGCCACUGGAGCCCACUCCUGAGGCUGCCACUGCCCCGAGAGUCCCAGCCAUGGGCAGUGUGAGCAGUCUCAUCUCUGGCCGGCCCUGCCCCGGGGGGCUGGCUCCUCCCCGCCACCAUGGCCCAUCGGGGCCCACCUUCUUCCGCCAGCAGGAUGGGCUGCUCCGGGGUACCUAUGAGGCACAGGAGCCUCUCUGCCCAGCUGUGCCACCCAGGAAGGUGGGCCCCGGUCCCAGCUUCAGCUACAUCAACGAGGACUUCCAGACAGAGUCACCCUCCAGCCCUAGCAGUGACGUUGAGGAUGCCCGCGAGCAGCGGGCGCGAAAUGCGCACCUCCGGGGCCCCCCACCAAAGCUCAUCCCCGUCUCUGGAAAGCUGGAGAAGAACAUGGAGAAAGUCCUGAUCCGCCCGACGGCCUUCAAGCCUGUGCUGCCCAGGUGUCGAGGGGCCCCCUCCCUCCCGAGCUUCCUGGGUCCUCGGGCCACUGGGCUCUCUGGGAGCCAGGGCAGCCUGACGCAGCUGUUUGCGGGCGCUGGCUCCUCCUCCUCCUCCUCCUCCUCCUCCUCCUCCUCCUCCUCUUCGGCUGCUGACAAACCCCUGGCACUGAGUGGCUGGGGCAGCGGCUGCCCAUCUGGGACACUGUCUGACUCCGGUCGAAAUUCCCUGUCCAGCCUGCCCACCUACAGCACCGGGGGUGCUGACCCACCCACCAGCUCUCCAGGGGGACACCUACCCUCCCACGGCCCUGGGCGGGGGGCAGUGCCAGGGCUGGCCCGAGGGGCCCCCACCGAGCCCUCCCACUCAGACAGUGGCCGGUCCUCCUCCAGCAAGAGCACGGGCUCCAUGGGGGGCCGCAUGGCGGGGGGACCCGUAGGCAGGGGUCCCCAGGCCUCCCCGGACAGCGGCUCCUGUGGGGACCGCUCACCCCCACCCCCACCCUCCGACGAGGCCCUGCUGCACUGCGUCCUGGAAGGGAAGCUCCGCGCCCGGGAGGCUGAGCUGCAGCAGCUGCGGGACAGCCUGGAGGAGAGUGAGGCCACCGAGUGCCAGGCAUUCAGCGAGCGGUCGAGGCACUGGCGGAGGGAACGUGAGGCCCCGAGGGAAGACUGCGUGGCCCAGGCACAGCGGGCCCGGAGGACCCAGCAGCUGCUGCAGCUGCAGGUUCUCCAGCUGCAGCAAGAGAAGCGGCAGCUGCAGGAUGACUUUGCACAGCUGCUGCAGGAGCGAGAGCAGCUGGAGAGGCGGUGCGCCACCCUCGAGCAGGAGCAGCGGGAGCUCGGGCCCCGCCUGGAGGAGACCAAGUGGGAGGUGUGCCAGAAGUCGGGCGAGAUCUCCCUGCUGAAGCAGCAGCUGAAGGAGUCUCAGGCCGAGCUGGUCCAGAAGGGCAGCGAGCUGGUGUCUCUGCGGGUGGCCCUGCGGGAGGCCCGGGCUGCCCUUAGGGUCAGUGAGGGCCGGGCGAGGGGCUUGCAGGAUGCGGCCCGGGCCCGGGAGCUGGAGCUGGAAACCUGCUCACAGGAGCUGCAGCGGCAUCGCCAGGAGGCCGAGAGGCUCCGGGAAAAAGCUGGGCAGCUGGACGUGGAGGUGGCAGGACUCCGGGGACCCUCUGUGCCGCCUCCUGCGGCUGACCCUUUUCUCCUGGCAGAGAGCGAUGAGGCCAAGGUACAGCGGGCCGCGGCUGGGGCAGGAGGCAGCCUUCGGGCCCAGGUAGAGCGGCUGCGGGGCGAGCUGCAGCGGGAGCGGCGGAGGGGUGAGGAGCAGCGAGACAGCUUUGAGGGGGAGCGGCUGGCCUGGCAGGCGGAGAAGGAGCAGGUGAUCCGCUACCAGAAGCAGCUGCAGCACAACUACAUCCAGAUGUACCGGCGCAACCGGCAGCUGGAGCAGGAGCUGCAGCAGCUCAGCCUGGAGCUGGAAGCCCGGGAGCUGGCGGCACUGGGCCUGGCCGAGCCGGCUCCUUGCAUCUGCCUAGAGGAGAUCACUGCCACUGAGAUCUAGGCUGCCAGCUCUGCAGGGAGCUCUGCUGCAGGCCCCAGCUCCUCCAACCAUCCAUACGUGCGAGGACCCCAGCACCACUGAUCGGGGAUGCAGGCGUCUGGGCCCCUGCCGAGAACUUGUGGGGCUUUGUGACCUGGAGGAAGAAGAGCAGAGCCCUCCAAGGUCCCCACGCCCAUCCUGUCCCGGGGCUCUCAGGCCCAGCACACCCGCUGCCACCAGUCCUGUUCAGCCCCAGUGCUUGCCUGCCCGCCUGCCCGGCCCAGAACCUGGGAAGAGGAAGGGUGCUCACCUCCACAUGCCGCCCUGCCCCAAAGCUAGAGAGCCAGAGGGCGCCGAAUGUGCCUGCCCCUCAUGCAUGGGGGACAGCGCUGGCUCGGCCUGGUCCCCAGGCCCGGCCCAGCAGCCUCUCUCCUGGGCUGGAGGGGCUGAAGUCAGACCAAAGGAAGAACUCAGAAAUGUCUUGUUUAUUUGUGUUUGUGACCAAGCAGGCCCUCAAAGUACCCCGAUUUAUGGCCUUGUUUUCACCUGAUAUUUUUCACACUGUAAAUUUCUUGUAAAAACCCAAAGAAAAAAAUUAAAAAAAAUUUUUUUUGUUUUUAAA